GGGAGUUAACCCUGAUGUACCUGCUUAAAGGAACCGCCGUCCUUGUCUCAGACGUCAGGCGCAGAAACAGGUAUAGAAAAUAGUUUUUUACGUUUGAAAAAAAUAAGUAAAACUGCUACAACACGCAGGAUAUUUAAGUUAAGUCAGGUCAGAUUGAGGUAUUUGGAAGAUAUGUCUUUCUCUGUGUGGAUUUGAGCGACGGAGAUUCUAUUGGAUUAACUGUAGUUCAAGAGAGACCAAGUACCGCGCGAGUGAUUUAACAACAUGAAACACCAAAAGUCAAAAAUGCGAGAACUCGAUACAGCCAGAGUUGUGUUCAUUCAACCUGAUCCUUGGAUUAUAAUGGUUUGAUUUCACAGAGGAGGAGUGAAAUGAUUAAACUGUCGUGGUCUCAACACGUUGAAGUUUACUGCGCGCAGGAGGGAAUCGCGCCUUAUGACUCCUAUCUGUAAUAAACACACCGGCGGGACAAGGGACGAGACUAUUCAGCACAAUGUCUAAAGUGAUACUCAAGAAGAACCACUGGACCAACAAAGUUAACGAAUGUUCACUGUGCAAAAACGGACGCGGAGAGUUGACCGUGGAAUUGCGCGGCGGUGCGGAGAAUGGAGAGUUUCCGUACGUUGGGGAAGUGCGAGAGGAUGCGGUGCUUUAUCAAUACGGGCAGCUGUCCGACGGGGAAUUGGUGUUGGAGGUCGAGGGCUUGGCCGUGUCUGGACUGCCCCUAUAUGAUGUGCUGACCAUUAUAAAGACUCGCAAAAGUCCUAUCAGGUUUAAAACUGUAAGACAAGGCCACCGUCUCAAUAAGGACCUGAAGCACUACCUGAGCCUGCGCUUCCACAAGUCCUCUCCGGACCAUGAGCUGCAGCAGAUCAUCAGGGACAACCUGUACCGCCACGCCGUGCCCUGUACCACCCGGCCGCCACGGGAAGGAGAGGUUCCCGGGGUGGACUACAACUUCCUGUCCGUGCAGGACUUCCUGGAGUUGGAGCAGAGUGGCACUCUUCUGGAAGUAGGAACUUACGAAGGUAACUAUUAUGGAACACCCAAGCCGCCAAGCCAGCCCCCCUGUGGGACAGUGAUUACCCAGGAUGCACUGCGAGACGGCCUCACAGGUUCCCAGAAUUCCACCCCCAAGCGCACCAAGUCCUACAAUGACAUGCAACAUGCAAGAGUAGUGCCAGUGGACAACGGGGAUGACGACAUUGCUGCAGACAUGAACAACACUUUCACAGGAGACACUGGCCGGCAGGAGGUGCACGGCGUCGUACGAGAGAGCGCCCCCUCCUACGCGCUCAACAACGCCAUCGCCUCGCCGCCGGUCACCCCCGCCAGCCCCCAUCAUGCCCAGCUCCCCCCCGAGGAGGACCCCCUGGGCCCGCUGCCUGAGAACUGGGAGAUGGCCUACACGGAGAACGGAGAGGUCUACUUCAUAGACCACAACACAAAGACGACCUCGUGGAUGGACCCUCGCCUGGACAAGGAGCAGAAACCUCAGGAGGAGUGUGAGGAUGAUGAAGGGGUACACACUGAGGAGACGGACAAUGAACUAGAAUUGCCACCUGGUUGGGAGAGAAUAGAUGACCCUGUCUAUGGAGUGUACUAUGUAGAUCACAUUAACAGGAAGACUCAGUAUGAGAAUCCGGUUCUGGAGGCUCGCCGUAAGCAGCAGCUCCAGUCCCAUCAGCCACCUGAAGGUGAGCGCUACAUCCGAGAGUGGAUAGAGGAGCAUUCGUCAGCUGGAGCCCCACUGGCCUCGUACGCUCCCAACCACCUGGAGACGUACAGAGACCCCCAGCCGCCCGGACCCCUCCUGCCCCCGGCCCCGGGCAUCAAACGGGGUAAGCCGUUCUUCACGCGUAACCCGGCCGAGCUGAAGGGGAAGUUCAUCAGCACCAAGCUGAAGAAGAGUCACCGUGGCUUUGGCUUCACCGUGGUGGGAGGAGACGAGCCCGACGAGUUCCUGCAGAUCAAGAGCCUUGUGCUGGAUGGACCCGCCGCUGUGGACGGCAAGAUGGAGACAGGCGACGUGAUCGUGAGCGUGAACGACACCAUCGUGCUGGGCUACACGCACGCGCAGGUGGUCAAGAUCUUCCAGUCCAUCCCCAUCGGCUCCAUGGUGGAGCUGGAGCUGUGCCGCGGCUACCCGCUGCCCUUUGACCCCGACGAUCCCAACACCAGCCUGGUCACCUCCGUGGCCAUCCUGGACAAGGAGCCCAUCAUCGUCAACGGCCAGGAGGCCUACGAGCCCCCGCAGGCCGCCCUCGGCGGACCCCCGGGCAUCAUGGGCAUGGGCAUCGGCCCCCCCAUGCCAGGCCCCCAGGCCGGCUCGCUCAACGGCAGCCGCGAGCCGCUCCUCCCCUACGGCUCGGGCGCCAUGGAGACGAUGGGCGGCGGCGGCGGCGGCAUCAUCGGGAUGGCGGGCAUGGGCGGCAGCGACGGUUGCCUGGGCUACAGCAGCGACUCGGUCACCCUGGCGUCCAGCAUCGCCACGCAGCCCGAGCUCAUCACCGUCCACCUGGAGAAGGGCGACAAAGGCUUCGGCUUCACCAUCGCCGACAGCCUGACCGGCGGCGGCCAGCGGGUCAAGCAGAUCGUGGACUACCCGCGCUGCCGCGGCCUCAAGGAGGGCGACAUCCUGGUGGAGGUCAACAAGCGCAACGUCCAGAACAUGAGCCACAACCAGGUGGUGGACCUGCUCAGCAAGUGCCCCCGUGGUAGCGAGGUCACCAUGCUCGUGCAGAGAGGUGAGGGAGUGGUGCCGCCCAAGAGGAGCCCCAAAGUGGUGCAGCUGGAGAGGAAGGACAGCCAGGGCAGCUCGCAGCACAGCGUGUGCAGCCAGCGCAGCGUCCACACCGACUCUCCGCUGCGGGCCGUGCCCUGCAUGCCCGCGCUGCCGCCGGACGCCGUGGUGGCAGUGCCCCCGCCGCCCAACCAGCCGCUGCCCAGCCUGCCGCCCCACGACCCGCCGCCCGACGCCACGCUCCAGAAGAAGCCCGACCCCUUCAAGAUCUGGGCCCAGUCCAGGAGCAUGUACGAGAGCCGCAUGCCAGACUCUCAGGAGCAGGACAUCUUCUUGUGGAGGAAGGAUACAGGCUUUGGCUUCAGAAUACUGGGCGGAAAUGAACCAGGAGAGCCGGCUGCAGGUCUACCUCUAGCACAUACUCAGAUCUACAUCGGCCACAUCGUGAAGUACGGCGCGGCGGACGAGGACGGGCGGCUGCGCUCGGGGGACGAGCUGAUCUGCGUGGACGGCACGGCGGUGGUGGGCAAGUCCCAUCAGCUGGUGGUGCAGCUCAUGCAGCAGGCCGCCAAGCAGGGCCACGUCAACCUGACCGUACGACGUAAGGCAGGAUUCGUGUGUAAGGGCGAGGGCGACGUCCCUCCGUCCCCGGCCUCGUCCCACCACAGCAGCACGCAGGCGCCGUCUCUGACCGAGGAGAAGCGCACGCCGCAGGGCUCGCAGAACUCGCUCAACACGGUCAGCUCCGGGUCGGGCAGCACCAGCGGCAUCGGCAGCGGCGGCGGCGGAGGCUCGGGCAGCGCCGUGGUCUCGGUGGCGCUGCAGCCCUACGACGUGGAGAUCCAGCGCGGCGAGAACGAGGGCUUCGGCUUCGUCAUCGUCUCGUCCGUCUCGCGGCCCGACGCGGGCACCACGUUCGCUGGAAAUGCAUGUGUGGCCAUGCCCCAUAAAAUAGGGCGCAUCAUCGAGGGCAGCCCGGCUGACCGCUGUGGCAAGCUGAAGGUGGGCGACCGCAUCCUGGCCGUCAACGGCUGCUCCAUCACCAACAAGUCCCACUCCGACAUCGUCAACCUGAUCAAGGAGGCCGGCAACACCGUCACCCUGCGCAUCAUCCCUGGGGACGAAUCCUCCAAUGCCUCCCUCCUAACCAACGCUGAGAAGAUUGCCACUAUAACCACCACACACACACCGCAGAGCGAACCUAGGAACAACGCGAAAUCCAAACAGGCUCCCCAGACAGGGCAAACACAGUCCAACCAGGAUGCGGAGUACUACUCGGUGGACCUGGAGAGGGACAGUAAAGGGUUUGGCUUCAGUCUGAGAGGAGGCCGUGAGUACAACAUGGACCUGUACGUGCUGAGGCUGGCCGAGGACGGAUCGGCCGUACGAAACGGCAAGAUGAGGGUGGGAGAUGAGAUUCUGGAGAUCAACGGCGAGAGCACCAAGAAUAUGAAGCAUUCGCGCGCCAUCGAGCUCAUCAAGAACGGAGGGCGGCGCGCACGGCUCGUCCUCAAGAGGGGCGAUGGCUCCGUACCCGAAUACGACGGGCCCAAUGACGGGUACCCUCCCUCACCCGGGAAAAAUCUUUCGGAAGUGAGAACUCUGCCGCCAAACAGCCGAUUCCACAUUCCAUCCGAGUCCAGCUACUCACCCGACUACCACACCCCACCACGACACAUGGAGCAGUGGAGAGAGAGAGAGAGCGAGAGAGAGAGGGAGGACAGGAGGGACUACGCACGGGCCCCAGCGAGCCAGCAGCAGCAGUAUCAACAGCAGCAGCAGCAGCAGCAGCAGCAGCAGCACCUUCUAUCUUCCCAGCACCACCCUCAGCAGCACCACAUCACCUGGAACAACCAGCAGCCUCCGUCGCCUCCGCCCGCGGACGACCCCAAGAAGAGCAACCGCCGCAAGGUGAAGAAGUCCGAGUCGGAGAGCGGCAUCGCCAAGCUCUUCAAGACGCUGCGCAAGGAGGGCGGCUUCGGGCGCAAGUCGUCCGAGCGGGACGGCGGCGGUAGCGGCGGGACGGCGACCCUGGGCCGGCGCGGCGGCCGCUCGCCGGAGAGGAAGUCGGGCGGGGGGGCUCAGGCCCGCCGCGGCUCCCUGGACCGCUCGCCCACGCGCCACCGCAACGCCUCGCCGGACCGCCGCCGCGCCAAGUCCAUGGACCGGCGGGCCGAGUACCGCGACCGCACGCCCGAGCGCGCGUCCACCGCCGCCUCCUCCCGCCAGUCCAGCCACGGCCAGCUCCUGCGCCUGGCCCACACGCCCGAGCGGCCCGUCUUCUACCGGCCGCCGCAGCCGCAGCCGCACCACACGCCGGGCCGCGUCUCGCUGCUCUCCCGCGACGCCCUGUCCACCCCGGAGCGCGCCAACAACAACAACGGCCAGGCCAUGGCGGCGGCGGCCAGCAUGGCGAGCGUGGCCUCGGGCCGCGGACGCACCCCCGAGCGGGGCCUGAAGAACGGUAACGUGCUGCGCGACUCCGAGCGCGUGGCGGACGACCCCUGGGGCCUGGGCACGCCCGAGAGACGCUACCGCUGCGAGUCCACCUCGGACAGCAGCUGCAGCAGUUACCGCGACGACCCGCCGGCCGCGCGCCUCAAGGACUACUACAGCACCAACACGCUCAAGUCGUGCGGCUCCAACGGCUACCCGCCCACCCGGGGCCACAACGCCGGCCAGUCCCACGUGCCCGAGCCCAAGAGGCGGCUGUACAAAGACAACCACACCGACCUUAGCAUCUGACUACCCGACUGCCAGGGGCUACUGCACUGAACUGCACUCGCUCUCUAGCGCCACCUGCUGGACUACUGAGGACUACUGAGCUGUGAAACAGACCCAUAAAAACUGCUUGACUGAUGGACGUUACUGGUCGGUUUACAUACGAUAGCAGUUUGAUACAUUUGUAUGGUUGACCGUUUGGUUGGUUGAUUGAAUAAUGUUGAUUGAUAGGUUUUCGAUGUUGAAAUGACUGAUUGGUGAUUGCUUGGAUGUUUUGCCUGAUUUUGGUUGAUUUUGGUGAUUCAUUGAUUUGGAACUCCUCCUGUGUCCCUGCUGAACUUCACAGCCCUUAAUACAGCAGAAGUACAAUCUUUUAGUUUCAUUGCUUUUGUGUUUGUUUGUUUGUUGUGCUGAUCAGAGAGUAAGAGAGCGAGAGAAAGAGAGACAGUGAAGAGGAAGAAAGAAAGAAAGAAAGACAAAGAAAGAAAGAAAGAAAGAAAGAAAGAAAGAAAGAAAGAGAGAGAGAGAGAGAAUGCUGUGGACCAAUAUGGGAGAAAGUAUGUAAGUCUGUAUGAUGAUUUGUAUGUGUGAUUUCGUGAAUGAGUUCUUAGACAUCAGGCCUCUUUGUUUGGACGAUAUCGGUAUACUUAAUCUUUUAUUCUGAUGUUAGACUUACUGAUGAGUCACACAUGCACCAGCCAAAGCGUGGAAUCUGGUGCUGCUGCGAUUUGAGAGUGGUUUUUAUCGGACUCCUGUGUGUCUCAACACCCCCCACCCUCCCCACCCCACCCUACCCCCCCCCACCUCUACUGCCUCCGUAGGCAGAAAAUAGCACAAGCCUUGAGACACUCUGUACAUUUGAUGAAUGAAUGAAUGCCGAGACCGGACGGCAGACGACUCUGGCGCUGUCCAGGCCCGGGUCUGGCACACACGCGGCAUGUCCAGGGCCUUGUCCCCUCUGGUGUCGGUCAGAUCAGGGCCUUAUCCCCCAUGCCAUUCAGCUGCUGUUGGGUAUGAUCGCUGCAAGUGAAGGCAAG